AUGACUGAGCGAUGGCGCACGACCACCACCUUGUUGUACAUGACUGUUUAUUGGUCUUGUAUUUGUUGUGACAACGUCUGCUCAGCUGGUGGAUUUAAGGAUUUAGUCAGUUCGUACCUUGAUAUUCAUCAACUAUCAUUGUCGUGUCCCAUCGAAGUGCCGACGAGGUUUCCUCGUAGUUUAAAUCAUAACAUACCGUUGAGCGGUACUACUUCACAGUCAAAUUCAACACAUCGCACAAGUUCUGGAAAUUGUACUAACAAUCUUACUGCCCCUGGCUCGCUAAGACAUCCGACUUCCAUUCUUAGCACUAAACCCACUGAAAGUGAAAUAGUUGAUGAUAAACACCCACCAACUGAAGAACCCCAUCAGCCUAUUGCUACAUUCGACGAGUGGACAAAGGAAAAGUUGAAACAGGAACAUAGAAAAGCGAUUAUCAAGCCUGCCGUGUCUACAUCCGAUUCCGGAAUGCCUAGUGCUCGAUCUCAGCAGUUGCCUCCUGCCAGUGCUGCGACGCGCAACUAUGCCAGCAGGGAGUGUGGUGCAAAAGUGUUACUAAGUAACCCGGAAGCUGAAAAUACAAAGGCUAUUCUGAACGAAAAGGAAAAAGACGAGUACAUGCGCAAUCCUUGCGAGAAAGCUGAAAAUAAGUUUGUCAUUGUGGAGCUUUGUGAAACCAUACAGCCCCGAAGAAUUGAAAUAGCCAAUUAUGAACUAUUCUCAUCCGGCCCACAAAGCAUAAGACUUUGGUCCGCAGAACGGUUUCCUAAUGGCGAAUGGCGCCUACUCACCGAAUUAACCGCCGCUGAUUCUCGACAAAUACAACAAUUUCAAGUACCAUUCAGUGGUAUAUAUGCCAAAUUCAUAAAAGUGGAACUCCUUUCUCAUUAUGGUAAUGAACAUUAUUGUACUUUGUCAGUCCUAAAGGUCCUUGGAAUAUCUAUGGUGGAUGAAUACGAGGCAGAGGCUGAAGCUGCUUCUGUAGCUCAGGUUCAAAAUAAUCUUGCAUCUCAUGCUGAGGAGCAACAGAACUACACUUCAGCUGAAUCCCCCGAAACAGCUUCCACAGUCUCCUCACAAGCACAGGGGAUUGAUGCUCCAAAAAAGAGCGAUAUUUCUUCAAAUGUUCUUGCUCCAUCUGAAUCGAGGGAGGAUGCAUCCGGUUCGAAUCCGACUGUUAUCGAAUUGGUUGAUGAAGUAAGCGGCCACUUGAUUAGUAAAUUUGUGGACGUUAUGAAAGUUAAAUUUGGAAGUGGAAACGACAACAGCUCGCGUUCUGGGAGAGAAUGUUCUAUCUACAAUCCAUUUAAUGCGUGCUAUUUUUGUCCCAAAGACGGGUCUUAUAUAUAUCCACGUCAGUUUUGCCAAGCAUUUGUGUGGAAAUCGCCACCAUCGUCCUCGCUAGAACGAAAUGACGUGCGGUUUCCUGCAGCAUUCGUUGCUCGUCGUGGGAUGUCCGCAAUAAACCGUCUGAGGCGGUCUCGAUACGCUUUUUUGCAGCGUAAGUCACCUGCUUACCUGCAUCCUCCUCUUCUUGUUCCGCUGCAACCAGAAUCUUCGAUUGAUACGAGUAAGACUCAGGAGUCUUCCAGUGAAAAGGCUGCGUCACCAGUUACGAUUCCUCAACAACAGCAGCCACAACAACAACAGCAGCAUCAUCAUCAUCAACAACAACAACAACAGAAGCAUCGAACUUCACAAAAUCCACGUCCUGUACAGCCAGUUCCUUCGGAUGUGUUGCCUGCGUCAUCAACAAGUCAUAAAGAAUCUGUUUUUAUGAAGUUGAACAAACGGAUUGCCGCUUUGGAACUGAAUAUGUCAUUGUCGAGCGAAUAUCUCAGCGAGCUGAGUCGACAAUAUGUUGCUCAGACUGACGAACACCAGAAACACAUGAAACAAGCGAAGAAGGUUGUUGAUGAAGCAGUAGAAGCUAUUUACGCUCGCGUAAACGAGACACUCGCUGAUAAGAUUGCGAUUUUACGUCAAGAAGUUGACGUACUUUCGGGAUGGCUCUCUUCUAUGCGUAUUACGGCUUCAAAAGUGACAGUCAGUCGACUCAAUAGAAGGAGACAAAGGACGGACCAUGACAAAUGCAUUCCCCAACAAAACCAGCUUCAUCGUUAUUCUCCACCUGAUGAUGGCUUAUGGACGACAGAACAAGUCGUUUACAUGGUUAUUACUACGCAGUUGGUUACUGUCCUACUUCUUGCUGUGCUAAACCUGUGUUAUCAGCGUUUCAUGUCCGAGCCUCGCCUCUCUGAUGAACACAGGUUGCAGAUCGAAGAGCUUGUGAACGAAAGAGUGUUACAGGCAAUAGAAAAGAACCGUUCACUGCUACAGUACUACGGUGGCGGAAGUAAUUCGUGGACCAAAAGAAGUCCUCUUGUUGAAGAACCAUGUUCGUUGCGUGAUGAUGGAUGUAUGGGCUUUGCAGCAGAAUGCAGUUCAUCUUCACAGAUGACAAAUAGCGACGAUUCGAGUGUUGAGGAAGUGGCUCCAGUUGAAGGAUGCUCGUUGUUGUCACCUGAAGUGCACGCAAUCACAUCGGUUGCGUAG